GGGAGCUUUGUACAAAAGAACCCUGUACCGUGUCGUUGGCAAUCAUUAAAAUAGCAUAUUAGGACAUCGAUAAAUAAUUAUCAACAUGCGGGAAAGAAGAGCUUGUCGCACGGCGUCCAUUCCUUCGAAGAGCCGGGUUCGAAGUGCUGGCAAUGAGAUGCGUGGAUCUUUGGUUGUUCGUAAAUUACAUGGUGUUACGUCACCACUAGGUAUGACGUCAUCGAUGGAUGGAGUGGUUCUUCCAAACGGCGAAGCUUUAUCCAAUAUGAGCUCUUCGAGAUUGAGAGAGGAUUUGAAACAUAAAUUAAGUAACGUCGAAUACGACCAACGAUCACUCGAACUGCUAGUCAGACUUCUAAGGACAGGACCAUUCGUUCGCGAAGUCGUUAAUGACGAAAACAGACGACCAGACAUUUCGCCGCCCCCGCCUUCAAUCGAUGAUCUUUCUGAAUCUACAAAUUUCGUCAGCGAAUACGUGGUAGGAAGAAGUCCUUCAUCUAAGAAUGUGUCGCCGCGAUUCAGACAGCGUCCAGUUACCACAGACCCUUCUGUCAGAUUUAGAAAAAGUAUUGAAGAACUGAAGGAGGCUCGUGAAAGAUUCGGCGUCUGUAUGUCUGUUAAUGGAACAAUUGCUAAAGUUCGCAGCCUACAACAGAGAAAUGAAAAAAGCAGAAGAAAUGCCGGAAGAGAUAAAUUACCGGCUCUCAACGGCUCUUCAUCCAGUGGCGACAGUUUGGACGACGAAAACAGGCACGUGACAGCAAGAAAUUAUGGCGUCAUAACACCCCUUGGACCAUGGCUGACAUUAUCGGGCCGAAAGAUUCAACUGAAACGUCAAGAUCACGUGAAACAAGUGCUCGGUCAUGCGGAACACUUGACCAACCAACCGGAACAAGAUUUCAUUCAUUUCCCACGACAAAAGAGGACAGUGCGUAGCGCUCCUCCCAAAGCUUCAAUAAAAGCAAUGCCUGUUAAGAAACUGGCAUGGAGCGAUGGGAAUAAACUCGUUAUGACCAAGGUUAACAGAUCUUUCCGUAACGUGAGAAAUCCAAUAAGAUUUUCCGCUUCUUUCCCGGGAUUUGAAACCCCAAUACUGAUUCCUGGAACUGAAAUAAAAGAAAAUGAAAGCUCGGCAAGAAUUUUACCAAGUCCUGACAACAAAUUUGACCAGAAAGAGCAACAACCGUCAGCCAUUACCCCCACGCCUCCUCUAAGUUACCAUAGCAACGAAUCUGCGUCACGUCCGGCAUCCGGAAGUAUGCCACGCCCUGUUCGUUCAGUCGUCAUCAAACUUCCUAAUACUGGGAUUUUGACGUCACCAAGCGUUACAUCACCUAAUAUGACGUCACCCAAUAUGGUAACUUCAAAUUCACUCAACAGUUUGCCAGUUCGACCGACAAUUAGAUUGGAGUCAUUGAGGAAACUAAAAGUGUGACGAAAAGUAAGAAGAAAAAUAUCUUGGCUUGAAAACGGGACUAAUAAAUCAAAGUAUUUAUGGCGAGACAUAAGCCAGCUUUCAACGGUCGUAAAGUCUAGGACCGGUCUAGAAGAAUACGCUCAAAUACUAAACGGCAUUUUUUUAACAUCGUAACGUGGCUUCACUUGAAUCGCGACCAAAAGGUUGGGAAACACUAAAGUAGAAGUAAACUAAAACUGGACCCCAAGUUACCUUCGGCUCUCGACUCUUUGUGAAAAUUUCGACUCUUACUCUAGCAACGAAUUUCUAUAGAAAUCAAUUUUUUUUUAAAACGACGUAAUCUUUAAUAGGUUGUUUAAAACGCUUAGUCCACUUAAUUUUAUUAUAUAAAGUUUUCACUUUGUUUGUUUAUCAUUAUUAAAAGUACGGAAUUCCGAAUCUUGAAAAGGCAAAAUUCGAAUCCCAACUCCGGAGAGUUUAAAAAUAUGACUCCGGUUUUGACACUAAUCCAAACAUAAAAAAGGCUGAUUUUAUAGCAAAACAUGCAGACGCCC